AUGGCCCCAUCGCGGAAUAUUCUGUUCCUCACCAACAGCGAAUUAGGUCAAUGCAAUGUCGCCUUCGCAGUAGCUGAGGAGUUCUUACGUCGCGGUGAAUUCGCCGUCCAUCUCGGCUCGUAUAGUCCACUGGCUGAGCUAGUCGACGAAUUGAACAAACGCAUUGAUUGCGGUCGAUCAGCGGAAUUCCACGAGAUCCCAGGUCCUUCAAUGACGGAUUUAGCGGUUAGCAGUAACGUCGGUCUUCUUUUUCACCGACCGGGUGUGAAAGGUGCAACGCAGGGUUUUCAAAAGGUCGCUACCGCUAUCAAGACUUGGAGGCCGUCGGAGUAUCAUAAAGCCUACAAGAGCUGUAUAGCUAUGAUCGAGAAACUGUGCCCGGAAAUUGUGGUGGUAGAUCCGAUUCUUCAUGUUGGACUAGAUGCAUGCCGAACUGCCAAAGCUCGAGUCGCUAUACUUUGGCCUGUUCCCCUUAAGGAUGUGGUUAUCGCUAUUCAACCCAAGGCGGGAAUAUUCUGGAAAUACCCCGUUACUGGCUCGGGGUACCCGUUCCCACUACCAUGGAAACUCAUAUUCAAGAAUAUCUAUCUGGUAUUUCGCGUGGUUAUGGCACUAGCAACCGGAAAAUUAAAACCUGAUGAACUCCAAGAUGGCAAGAAACCGGAAGGACGAAGUCCAUUCCCACUGGUGAACGCAUAUUCGAAGGACUCUUUGAGCUUAACACCUGCCUUUGAAGAACUCGAUUUUCCACUGCACGUCCCAAACAAUGUCAUCAGUUGUGGUCCAAUUAUCCGACGAUGCCCACCACUCUCGACAUCAGAUCCUGGGCUGGAAGCAUGGCUCAAGAAGCCCACUGUUUUUAUCAGUCUGGGGUCACACGUUCGACUAUCCGAAUUUAUUGCCGUUCAGAUGGCGAUGGGAGUCCGGACAGUCAUUAAAGAGCGUCCUGAUUUAAGAGUUCUGUGGAAACUCAAGUAUGAGUGGGAGAGUUCAGAUGAGUUUCAAAGAGUUUUGGGCUCGUCCAUCACCGCUGGAUCGGUCAAAGUGGUGUCCUGGAUCCAGGCGGACAUCAUGUCUAUUUUGGAAACUGGGCGGAUCGCCACGUAUGUCCACCACGGUGGAGCCAAUUCCUACUUUGAAGCAUGCAAGGUCGGUGUUCCUCAAGUCGUACUACCCCAAUGGCUUGACACCUAUGACUGUGCAACCCGGGUUGAAUGGCUGGGAAUCGGACUCAACGGCAGUCGAACUGCAGCACCCGGUGUUGAGGCAGAGGAGUUCUCAAAGGCUUUGCUCCAUGUUCUGAGCGAUGAGGGAAUUCGGGCCAAGUCAGCUGCAGUCAAAGAGCUCUGUAAGGGCGAAGGCCGUAUAGAGGCUCAUAACCGCAUUGUCGAGUUUUGUAUGACAUAG